AUGAGUACCGGAGCUGGAAUCGUGGGUGCACCAACAGCAGCAGCUCUUUCAAGCGGCGGCGGGAACGUGGAGUGGCACGUCAGACCACCGAACCCUAAGAACCCUGUCGUCUUCUUCGACGUCUCUAUCGGUGGAAUCCCCGCCGGUCGCAUCAAGAUGGAGCUUUUCGCCGACAUUGUCCCCAAAACAGCUGAAAACUUCAGGCAGUUCUCUACUGGGGAACUCAGAAAAGCUGGAAAGCCUCUGGGUUACAAAGAAUGUCAGUUUCAGAGGGUCAUCAAGGAUUUUAUGAUUCAAAGUGGUGAUUUUCUUAAGAAUGAUGGUAGUGGAUGCAUGUCGAUUUACGGCCACAAGUUCGAUGAUGAGAAUUUCACUGCUAAACAUACUGGACCUGGACUUCUCUCCAUGGCAAAUAGUGGACCAGACUCAAAUGGGUGUCAGUUCUUCAUCAGCUGUUCAAAAUGCGACUGGCUUGACAACAAGCAUGUUGUAUUUGGGAGAGUGCUUGGAGAUGGUUUAUUGGUGGUACGCAAGAUUGAGAACGUGGCUGUUGGACCAAACAACCGGCCUAAACUUGCUGUUGUAAUUACAGAGUGUGGGGAGAUGUGAAAUCAUUUAGCCAUAAAUUUUCUCACCCAAAACAUAAGAACUUUCUGCUGAAGGAGGAAUGUAUUGAGCGCCCAAAGCUUAUUAUUAGCUGUAAACCUUACGCAUUGUGACAGGAACUAAAUCCCAAUAUGGGUUUUUGAAAAAUUGUCCUUUAGUUUUUCACUUGGUUGACGUCAUUUCGAUAAUCAAAGCAAAGCCUUGUGUAAACUUUUGGUUAGGAGAUCAACAACUUGGGAGUGAAAUGAGUCGCUU